AUGAUAGGAUGCAAUGAUGAUGUUGAAUGUGAAAUAGAUCGUAAUCAUAAUUAUCUUUUAGAUCACCAAUCACCAGCAUCACCAAACAAAUCAUCCAAAUUAACAUCAAAAACAUCGCCAAUAUCAUCAUCAUCAUCAUCAUCAUCAUCAUCAUCAUCAUCAUCAUCAUCAUCAUCAUCAUCAUCAUCAUCAUCAUCAUCAUCAUCAUCAUCAUCAUCAUCAUCAUCAUCAUCAUCAUCAUCAUCAUCAUCAUCAUCAUCAUCAUCAUCAUCAUCAUCAUCAUCAUCAUCAUCAUCAUCAUCAUCAUCAUCAUCAUCAUCAUCAUCAUCAUCAUCAUCAUCAUCAUCAUCAUCAUCAUCAUCAUCAUCAUCAUCAUCAUCAUCAUCAUCAUCAUCAUCAUCAUCAUCAUCAUCAUCAUCAUCAUCAUCAUCAUCAUCAUCAUCAUCAUCAUCAUCAUCAUCAUCAUCAUCAUCAUCAUCAUCAUCAUCAUCAUCAUCAUCAUCAUCAUCAUCAUCAUCAUCAUCAUCAUCAUCAUCAUCAUCAUCAUCAUCAUCAUCAUCAUCAUCAUCAUCAUCAUCAUCAUCAUCAUCAUCAUCAUCAUCAUCAUCAUCAUCAUCAUCAUCAUCAUCAUCAUCAUCAUCAUCAUCAUCAUCAUCAUCAUCAUCAUCAUCAUCAUCAUCAUCAUCAUCAUCAUCAUCAUCAUCAUCAUCAUCAUCAUCAUCAUCAUCAUCAUCAUCAUCAUCAUCAUCAUCAUCAUCAUCAUCAUCAUCAUCAUCAUCAUCAUCAUCAUCAUCAUCAUCAUCAUCAUCAUCAUCAUCAUCAUCAUCAUCAUCAUCAUCAUCAUCAUCAUCAUCAUCAUCAUCAUCAUCAUCAUCAUCAUCAUCAUCAUCAUCAUCAUCAUCAUCAUCAUCAUCAUCAUCAUCAUCAUCAUCAUUAGUUUCUUUCUUUCUUAUCUAUUAA